AUGUCGGAUAUUUUCCGGAAGGGAAUGUUGGAGGAGUUACAGAUGGACCACUGCAUAGUCGACACCAUGUUCCCGGCUCUCGAUGAGCUGAUCGAAUGUCACAGAAUGAUGAGAAGCCCUGUGCUGAGGAGACAUGGGAUCCAGGAAUGUAUCCUGCUGGUCACGCAGAGAAUCACAAAAUAUCCCGUUCUCAUUGAUCGGAUUCUGCACAACACCAAAGGGAAUGAGGAGGAUCGCAGGGAUUUGAGCAACUCCCUGGCCUUGCUGAAGGAUCUCAUUUCCGCUGUGGACCAGGAGGUCCAUGACUGUGAGAAAAGGUACCGGCUGCAGGAUGUCUACAACCGCAUGGACCCCAAGGCCGUGGCUCCCAUGCACAACGGCAGGACCUUUCGGAAAGAGGACAUGAUCCGGAGGAAGCUGGUCCAUGACGGCUUCCUCCUGUGGAAGACCGCGACUGGCAGGUUUAAAGACAUCCAGGUCUUGCUGUUGACUGAUGUACUCGUUCUGCUCCAGGAGAAGGACCAGCGAUACAGUUUCCCAGCCCUGGAUAACAAGUCGGCCGUGAUCCCGCUCCACAAGCUGAUCAUCCGGGAUAUCGCCAACCAGGAGAAGGGCCUGUUCCUGAUCAGCGCUGCCUGGCAGAGCCCCGAGAUGUAUGAGCUACACACCUCCUCAAAGGACGAGCGAAACAUCUGGAUGAAAGUUAUCCAGCAGAGCGUCAACGUGGCGAGUGCGGUGCCUGUCAGCACUGGUCAGUUGGCACUGUCAGUCCGUACUGACAUCCAGGUCUUGCUGUUGACUGAUGUACUCGUUCUGCUCCAGGAGAAGGACCAGCGAUACAGUUUCCCAGCCCUGGAUAACAAGUCGGCCGUGAUCCCGCUCCACAAGCUGAUCAUCCGGGAUAUCGCCAACCAGGAGAAGGGCCUGUUCCUGAUCAGCGCUGCCUGGCAGAGCCCCGAGAUGUAUGAGCUACACACCUCCUCAAAGGACGAGCGAAACAUCUGGAUGAAAGUUAUCCAGCAGAGCGUCAACGU